UGGAAAAAUUGUGGAAGACAUUCUUUUCAAGUUUGCUAAGGAUUUGGACUUUGAACACCACGCACAUUCAUAUAUCAUAAACUGUGAGGAUGCAAACAUAAAAUCCUUAUUCAGUAAAACAGAAUGGGAAGAAUUGACUGUAGAUCGAUUGGGUGUUCCUCCCAUUCCACAAGAUAUUGCAAAGGAGCUGUCUCGAUAUGGAACAAAAACUUUAGGAGAGCUACGUAAGGUUGUGAUGACGCCAUAUCUUCAAGAUAAAGUUACUUAUGAUGUUCAACAACAUUGUGAGCUAGAAUGGAUCCAGAUGGCUGUGAGAACUCUCGUUAAUCUAUAUGAAAAUAUAGACUCACCCUUGGUACGAAACCAAUACGAGGAUUGGUUUACUGUUGCUCUCUUUGGGGCUUGUAUUGACUUAUGUAUGAGAAAUGGACAACUUGGCACUGAUGUAAAGAGAACCGAUGCGCCAUCCUUAGCCAGUGCUAUUAGGAAGAAUCGCGCUCAACCAUCUAAUGCAAGAAAAUUUAUUGGUCGAAAAAUUGAUGGCAUUAUUUACAUAAUUAACAGGCUUCUUGAAGUGGGGGCGAUCGAGGCGGCGAGGUCCUUCUUGGGAGAAUCAGAUCGGAAAUGUCUUAUUGAAAAUUUUAAAAUGCCGAAAACUCUGCAUGACAUGCUGGCCGAGCAUAUCAGAUCUGUUGACUAUGAUGAUGAAAAAAUAGACAAACUUCAAGUAUUCGGUAUAUUGCAUCUUGGAUUGAGAGUCCAAUUUACAAGGUUGUGGAGGGCCGGUGGAUCAAUCACAAUUUUCCAUAAAGAUCCCCAAUUGUACUAUUUAGAUAACAAGUUCUCGGUACAAGGAAUUAGAACCUUCCUUAAAUUUCUAGCCUCAAUAUAUCAACGCAAGGUCAUUAUUAAAAAUAAUUUAGACGUUCUGGAUAAUGGGGAAAAUGAUGAUAUUGAGUCAAAGGAAGAUGAUUUAUAUAACGAGUUAAUUGAAGUUGGCCGACCAUCUACUCCAUCUACACCAGCAUCUUCACAAUCGGUUAGAUAUUUUGCUGAUUGUUGGAAGACCCCGAGAAAG